UCUAUGGGGGAUGCAGAUGGUUUCCUGGGAUAUCUGAAGCCGGUGUCGGCAGAGAACAUCCCCGUCAACACUGAGAUCCUCCUGUCGUUCAGCCCCUGCCAGCCCUUCUCCCAGCCAGAGGACCUGACAGGAGCAGAUUGUACUAACAUCGCUGCAUGUCUCAUCGUCAGGUAUCAAAGGCUCGACACAUACAUUAGCCGCUGUAUUGGCUAUGGAAGACAUGAAGGGAAUGAAUUCCACUACAAUGACACCCUGAAGAUGCUUUCUGUCUCAUACUUUGCUGUUGAGAAGCAGCCACUGACAGUAGUGCAUUACCACUGUAAUCCAAAUGAGUCCACCUCCUUCAUCCGGGACCAGAGGCUCAGCAGUGAGGAGCCCCUGCAUAUCUGGGUUGAGAGUCCCUGUGCUUGUCCAAAUGCCUGUACCAUGGGGGAUCUGGGUUCAGGCACCAUCUUCCUCAUCAUCCUCUCCCUCAGUGCUGCUGCAUACUUUAUCCUUGGCUCCUGUGCACUGAGGCCUUUUCGGAGCAGCAGUGGAGUCCAGAUCUCUCCGGAGCACAGUGUGUGGUGUAUGAUCUGCUACCUCUGUACUGAGAGAAGCUCUGAAACAAGACACUACACAGACCCAACAUGCUAUGAAUGAUAAGCGCGUGCAAACCUCUGGAAUACUGCAGAAUGUCUACACAGGUCAAGUUUCUUUGAGCUGAAGCGGUCAUGUCCCAUGAAGGGAAAAGAGUCAGCAUGUUUGAUUUUACAGUUUGCGGAAAGUGACAGGCUCACACUCUCGUCAUUCUAGUCAUUGUGUGCACAUGUAUUUUCCACAUGAUCACAGCAACAUCAUUAAAUGAUUCUCCAUUGAUUUACAGUUUUGUUUUGAGUGUUUAUCUAUUUAAAACAUUCCCCUGUUUUCCUUAAAUUCUGAAUCACCCUCUGAAAUGUUAAAGUUUGUGCGUGAAGCCUCUUUACUUUUUUGCUGGUGGUAGACUAGCUUUUGUCCCUGCCUUUCAGACAGCCACUGAUGACAGGGUUGGGAUAAACCAAUAUGAUUAUGGGGAUUUAUAAGGGAAGUUGUUCAUUGUGUGUUAUCAAUAAAUGUAUCUCUUUGGGCGUUUUUUGAAUUUGAAACAUUCUGUUUAAGUCUUUCUUUAAGUCUAUUCACAUACUACUUUGGGCCUAGUUUGUUUCUGUGUCCUUCCUCCCAGUUUGUAUUUUGAAACAAACACACCUGUUCCACUGAUAGUAAUGUUAGUUGCACAAGCACAUCACCUGUAUGAAGGCAUCUAUUUACUCCAACAACAUGUCAUUAUGGAGCUCAUGUUUUGAACCCACGUGGGGCCCCUAUCUUAGGACAGCUGCAGCUCUUAUCAGCUCAGGCUGGUUUCUCAUCACUCUUUUUUGCCUGGUCUGUGUGGAGGCUCAUAACGGGCAGAUUGGCUCAAUCACUUUACUCCUCAGUGCCCCGCUGUCCUCUUUUCUUCACAAUUUAUGAGUCCUCCAUUGUGAUGGCAUUGGAGGGUGAUUGUGGUGUGCUGUGGAGUGCUGCAAACUGGUCUCUUGUGUUGUUUGGUUUGACAUCAGGUUCUUGAACAUGAGGACUCUCUCCUGA